CAUAUCAUUUGCAUGGUUAAUAUAAAUAUUCAACUCAAAUCCAUCUGAUUCGCUCGUUUUCUCAUUAAUAUUGAGCAGCGUCACAGAUACAGCCAAUGGAAAUAGAGAAAUGAAGCUUCUCAGAAUAAUUUCAACAAAACCCUCCCAGGUUCCGAUGUUAGCCGAUUCUACCCGAGGUCUAGUAGCAGUAGGGGGACAGCAUCAGUGGAGUCCAGCAGCGAGGAUAGAUGCCACAUCUGCUGAAUCAUUAUUGACCAGCUGGCUCCCUCCUCUGGCUCAUAUGGAGAAUGAUCGGCGCUGCAGAUUGCACAACCGAAUUUUCAAUGCGGAAGGGGAGCUCUAGCCUGGAGUUGUCAUGGCCUGACCCUGAGUGUGCAUCUCUUCAGGGGUAAAGAGAGGGAGGAACCCAGACAGGCAGGAAAUUCAUGUGCUGUGGUUCCACUCUGCCUCUUUGCGCUCACAUUUCUGUGCACAGGCCACAGAAACAGGAGCCGCUGCGUCGACCUCACAAAGCCGCUGCUUCCUCUUUAAGAAAACCUCUGUCAUUUGAACUCCUCAAGCGUCGAUUGACUUCCCACUUUGAUCUCAGUCCAAGUCAGCUGGAGAGCAGAUUUUGAGGGCUGGUCAUGGUGUCCGGUGAGAAAGUGUUGGACCCCCUCCACGCGGGCCUUAUUCAGUCGCAUCUGAGUGAUCAACGCCUGGCUGCAGGGCUUAGCCCUCUCUGCAACUCCACAUUCACUGCAAAAAGCAACUCCACGAGGCACCAGAGUCAGCAGUUGUCACCGUUAUCUUCGCCACCACUGUCACUGGUGGCUGUGGACACUCGUCACCAAGUUAAGGUCUCCUCAUCGUUGCCCUCACCCUUAAAUUUCUGCAGCUCAAACAAGAUAGAAGGGCUACACAAACCAGCCCACUGUGUAAGGGUUCUUUCUAAGCCUGAAGAAGAGGAGAAGGAGGGGGGAGUUGAGCACUUGAAGAUGAAGGGUAAAAGACAUGGGGGUCGGGGAGAGGCCAUGGUGGAGGACAGGCUGGAGGAGAUGGCUGAUGGACCUAAAAAUGCAAAAAUCACCUUAAGCUUCCCACUUAGUGCUGCCCCCCUUCCAGCCUCUCUGACAUCUCCGAGCCACUGUCGUAGCUCCUCCUCAUCUUCCCCUUCACCCCAUCGAAGAAGGCCAUCCUCAAAGAGCUCAGACGAGGGGUCUCUGUGGAAACUGGAUGCCACCACAGAUGUAAAGCACAGACCUUUUAAGCCUUCGAGGCACGACAGCUCUCCGUCCUCUUCUCCAUCGUCCUCCUCAUCUCCCAUGAUUGUUCAUGCACUUAUGAGGAAGGAUAUAAAGUCUCCACCUCCUCUCAAGUGUUCCAAACUCAAUCCAGAGACUCAGUUUCACAGGUCGCCCCCAAGAUCCUCCAGUGGGGGCUGUUAUGGUGGCGAUGGAUGGGAUGAAAGGCACAGGCUGGCCAAUGGCACGGCAUCUCCUUCUCGAACUGCCCAGAUCCUCUUCAGUCUGGGCACAUCGACCUAUCAGAAGGGUGGGGAUGCAGAGAGGAGAGAGAAAGUCACGGGAAGACCAGCUGGGAAAGUGGGCAGCCCUCAUGGACCAAGUCUUCACCCACCCACUCUCCAACUUCCUCCCCCUUUGCCACCGCCUCCUCCUCCCCCUUCUGAGGGUCUUACUGCACCACCUCAUUCAUCCUCAUAUCCCCCUACUGAUAGCCUCAAGCCUGAGCUGAUUUGUGGGGUGUGCCAUAGGCUUUUCAGCUCAGCCUCCUCCCUAACAGUCCACAUGCGGCUGCAUCGUGGUAGCCGCGCCCUCAGUUGCCGAUACUGUGGCAAAGUCUUCAUCCACAGCAAGAGACUGCAAUCCCAUGAGACAUCCUGCAGGGUGCCGGGCCUACCCUCCAGUAGCCUGGGCCCCCCUCCUCUCACUGUGCAUCCAAAGGAGGAGCCACUGGAAGAGGGUGAGGUGAGAGUGGAGGGGGGAGUGAUUAUGAGAGAAACAGACAUCAGUAAGGCGCGGCCAGGGAAGAAAGCACGGAGCCUCCUGGCUCGUAUCCAAGGUGAUGAUGCAGCAGCCGGGGAGCUACUAGAGGGUGAUGAGAACCAUUUUGUGAAGGUGGUAGAUGGCAAUGUCAUUUACUUCUGCUCGGUCUGUGAGCGCUCCUACAUGACCCUGUCCAGCUUGAAGCGUCACUCUAACGUGCACUCAUGGCGGCGCAGAUAUCCCUGCCAUUACUGUGACAAGGUCUUUGCCCUGGCUGAAUACCGCACAAAACAUGAGGUGUGGCACACGGGAGAGCGGCGCUACCAGUGCAUCUUUUGCUGGGAUGCAUUUGCCACCUACUAUAAUCUGAAAACACACCAAAAGACUAUUCAUGGGAUUAAUCCCAGCCUUAUAUCCAGUGAAAAAACAGCUAAUGGUGGUUACAAGCAGAAAGCCAAUGCACUCAAGCUCUACCGCCUUCUCCCGAUGCGCUCUCAGAAAAGACCCUACAAAACCUACAAUGACAGUUUGCAUAACGGCCUGCUACUGCCACAAACUGAAUCACCUUCCCUCUCACUGCCUGGCCUGGGCUGUGCUCUGGGCCCUGAGGACCUACAAAGUCUCAUCAGUGGGGCCCACCAUCAAACUGUAAAGCCUGACCCAGAUGCCUUCCCUGAUGGAUUCCCUGUUUCUGGGGCUUCUGAGCAAAGUGACCUCUCAGCACUAAAACCCCUCCCCCAAACCCAUAUGCCCCAAGUUAGAAAAAAUGACAGUGAGGCUCCAGAGUUAGAGCAGGGGAGAUGCAGCGGCAGCUUCAAAAUGUCUAGUAGCAGCAAAACCAAAACUCCCAAGACUGGUAGAGGCACAGAAACUAGCAUGCCUUCUGUGAUAACAUAUGGCCAUACAAAACCCUCCGUUAUAGUUCAUGGAACUGCAGUGUCAUCCUCCGUCAUUGUGCAUAGUAAUCAGGUCGCCUCUGGAAGUGAAAAAAGCCAAACAAAUAGCUCAUCGCCUGAUACCAGCAACAAUGAGACUUCGUACAAGGGCAGUCCCAGGCCAAUCAAAAAGCUAAGGGAGAGUUCAGAUAGCCACAGAAAGAGGUCAAGAGACAGUUCAGAUUCCACAGUGGAGCAGUCAAGGGGUAGACAGGGUGCAGAGACAGGCAGAUUAAUUCACAAAUCACGCAAGUCUCAUAGCAAGAGUGACAUUUCUAACUCAAAGCAGUUGUUAGCAUCCGUAGGGUCACAGGUCAAAGAGGCAGGGCCACUGUGUCAGAUUACUGUACGAAUUGGUGAGGAGGCCAUAGUGAAGCGCAGUAUUUCUGAGACAGACCUUAGAAGAGACAAGAGCCUUUCUCCCCCAAAAAACAAACGAGGUGAAACAUCAUUGGCGAAGGAAGCCAAGGAACCCCGCCAUGCUCACUCCCACCAUCAUCAGCACAGACACCGCCUCCACCGCAGAGCAAGCCUGGAAGCAGAGGAUGACAAGGAAGGGGGAGACUGUGAGAAAGAGGGCAGGAGAAAGAGCACCAGGUCCCCUGAUAGGGUGAGAGAGUACUACUUCCGUCAGGGCGUGCGUGAGCAGGACAGUGACCAUGAUGGAGAGGAUAAUUUAUGGAGGCCCUACUAUUCCUACAAACCUAAGAGAAAAGCCCAAGCACACCUGCAAAGGGUCAAGAGCUGGCAGAGGAAACUGAAUUUCAAGCGCUCCAUCAGGCUGAAGAGGAGGGCGGAAAGGCUCAAAAAACGUGUGAACAAAGACACAGACAAAUCACAGGAUGAGGAAGAGGAGGGGAAGACUGAGGAGACCGAACAACUGUCAAAAGCUAGCAGAGACGAGGGAGAGGGGGAUGAAUAUCUGUCUUUCCCUUUUAAGGAGAAAAACCAAGGUACAGAAGAACAAGGUAAGGAAGCCUCCUGUGAGAUUGCUACACCUCCUCUGAACUCCCCAAAGCCUCCUGUGUCUACCUCAGUGGCUCCUUCGGGAAUAAAGAGGCGGCCAUGGACUAAUGGGAAUGCAGCAGAGUGUGGUACAUGUGGCCGCUGGUUCUCAAGCCCAAGGAAGAGAGACAAACAUGAGCUGAGCCAUCUGUUGGAGUUUGUUUGCCUCUUCUGCAGAGCCACUUUCCCCUCAAGGGAUAAAUUGGAAGACCACCAGAGGGCCCAGCAUCCCAAACCUAUCGAGGCAUCCUCUGCACCCCUUAAAGUGGCCCUUGGCGAACAAGUUGAAGGGCUGGGGGUCAAAUCUGUGCCAGAGAUUACAAAGUAUGAUGAAGAUAAAGGAGGGCAUGGAGGCUUAGUUGGGAAUACUUCUAGUACAGGUCGCCUUAGCAGAAGAGCACUAUCAAGACACACCUGUCCACAGUGCCAUAAGGUUUGCAAGACUUCCUCAGCGCUUACUCGCCAUAUUCGACGCCAUGAGUUAAGCAGCUCCCCAGAGAGAGAAAGGGAGGAUAAUGACUCAAAACCAAAAACUACACAGACAGAUCUUAACACCAUUAGCAGAGACGUGGAUACUGAAACAGGACAGGUACCAAGUGCUCUGUCUGUUUCAGUAAUCAGCUAUUCAUCACCAGACCCACCCAGCAGCACCAGUGACUUAUCAACAUCACAGCAGCAUAAAGACCAACCCAGCGAACUGACCAAUGAACAUCAAUUGUCAGAAUCUAGCGACAGACCAGAACUGACAGAGCUCACACACCUAACUCCAGAGAGAGAGCCAAGCCCACAAAUACCAGAACCUCCAUUAGAAAGCCCAGUUAACCUUACACCCACGAAACACAAAUUCACGCCUGCCACACCUUCGACUCUCCAGAGUGUGCUGGUCAUGAACGGACCAGAAUGUCUGGACUAUCGCACCCCCAGCAAAAAGAGCCUAGACAGCCAGAUGCACAGAAUACCCAGCCCUGCACACAUCAUGGCACCCACCAACACCUCUCCAAAUGUGCCCAUGACGUCACAGACCAGAAUAACCACUGCUGCUCCUCCUGUUUCCAUGACAACAGCUCUCAGCUCCGAGGGGGGAUUCAUGAAACGGGAUGGGGUCAUUAUGGACAGAGAGAGGCAUGGUGGGAGUGGUGUAUUUCUGCACGCAGGUUACGAGGAACCCCCUCUGGUCCAAGAUCUCAGAGUUCAGUCACUGUCCAGGAGUCCCUCUCCCAAUGAAGCACAAGACCUGACCAUGUCUUCUAUUUUAGCAAGAGAGAGAGAGAUGGAGAAGCAGAGAGAGAAAGAAAGGGAGCACGAGAGACGGAAAGAAAGGGAGAGGGACAGAGAAGUGGUGAAAGUAACAGAGAAAGAAAUAGAGAAGAUCCAGCAAAUGAGUCGAGUAGUACACACCCCAGAGGACCAGAUUUCUCUUUUGGUCCCCAAAGAGGAGCCCUUGAGCCCUGUUCCGUCCCCCCAGCACAUCCCCACUCAGACCACUAUGAAUGGCCCCUCCUCACACAGGCACACUCCCAAGUCCCCCUGCCGGUCCCCUUCAACUGUUGGACUCUUAGCUCAAUCAAACCGCCAGGUUCACUCCAGUUCACAAGGACUCGACAGGCUCACACUGCCCACUGGAGCAGCUGGUGCCUGUGACCGCCCCUCUGCCCAUGCUCUGCUUCUCCCCCGAGCUCCCCAGCCACCUGAGCCGGAGCACCAGGACACUGCUUCUUCCAGAGAUUCCCAGCAGGAGGACACCACCCCGAUGGGCUACCAUGCCCAGAAUUAUCCCCUACCCCUCAUUGUGCCGGAUGGCUACCGCUCUGGUAAGAAGCAGGAGGAAAACCUGCUAAUGUCUGCAUAUCCUGCUGGAGCUCUUCCUUUUGGCCCUCUGGGGAAAAUGAUGGUCCCUCAUGGCGGGGACCUUGCAAAGCUGCCAUUUUAUCCAGACCCUUAUCAGCUGCUCUACGGGCCCCAGCUGCUGGCCUACCCCUACAACCUGGCCGCUCUUCCUGUGGCUCUGAACAUGAUGGCUCCUGCAGGGGACAAGGUGGAGCCUCUCCCUUUCCUCCCAGCCAUCUUCAACUACGCAGCCACUGCUGGGCCCUACAUGGGGGCAGCCCCUCACCCCCUUGUGACAAAUCCCAGCCUUUACAGCAGCAGCAGUGGCAGCGGCAAGAAACAACGUGACAGCAGCAGCAGCAAACCCUAGGACACAGAAGCACUGUGAGGAAUAUAUUUUAUCGGGGACCGCCUGGACUGUUCGGGUUGGGAGUGGGAGGGGUGUGCACACUAAGUCACUGAGUUCACUCGCACAGUACCCUUGCCUCUCUUUUUUUAAGUAGAGAUCAGAGCUAGGCUUCAGGAGUAGGUUGAAGAGGGAGGAAGGAGCAAAGAAGUAGGGAGAGGGGUCAAUAUUAUAGAGACAUCAUUACUCCCCUCUCUUUACUCUUGCUCAACUUUCUCCACGUCUCUCCUGUCUUGCUGUAGUGUGUCGUAGUUCUAGAGCUUGAUUAAUCUUCCUCUCUGACUCAUUAUAUUAUCUAUAAGAAUAAGAACUGCUAACAGGGUGUGUGUUGUGUGAAAAAUUAGUUCAGUCUGCUUCCCUUUAUAGUCACCGCAUAACGAGGAUAACCGCUCUUCAGGGAAGGCUUGUGUGGGCAAGAAUAAGGGAUGAGACAGAGAAGUCCUUAUUCUGCACCGAAAGAAGUGAAACUAAAACCUUGCCUACGUUUGUAUCCGUGAAUGACAAUGAAGGUGUAUCCUGUUGCUAAACUGUCCUUGAAAGCAAUGAGCAUGUACAUGCACACGUUUCUACAGAUUCGUGCAUGCAGAGGUGGGCUUGAGCAGGUUUAACUGCAUAUGUGUGACAGUGAUAAUAUAUGUGUUUGUGUGUGUGCGUGAAUGGGUAGAUCAUUCCGUGUGAGAGGCACAAAGCAUUCCUACUCUAGUUUGAAAAGCUAAUGUCGGUCAAUGUGUAGAAGUGCAUUUAGAAAUGACUCCAAAUCAUUAAGGAGGCAUUGCUAUGGCUGGGUGUGAUGCGAGUCUAUGACAAUGAGAUCAUCAGAGCUUCUAAUGUCUCAACUAACAUGGCGGCAAUGUGGCCGGAUGGCACUGUAGGAUCUGUAUAGCAUUCACCAUAGUUUAUACCUUAUGUGCACAAAUUAGAAAAGUUAUGGUCACUCGAUAAAGGGGACACUUGUAGCUGCUUUGGAUAUGUAGCUGGCCACUGGGUAAGAAUUAAAGGCUGGUAGACCAUUGCACUUCUGUUUUUCAUCUCAUUUCCUACACAUAUAAAAAUAAAGAUUAAAAACAAGUCAGCCUUCAUCUUGCGUUGCCUUUGCCUCUUUUAAUCGGAGAGAAAAAGGCUUCAUUUCCUAAGCCAGGGAGAAGAUAGUGACAGCAAAAAGAAGGAAAAUAAAAAAGGAUUCAGGGUAAUGAGUUAUUUCUGAAUAGGAAAAGAAAUAUAUGGGCACAAAACUGUUGGACUCUGAGUCGGAAGGCCCCACAGAAAUGACUUCAGGGACAACAAAUGUUGUCCUGCUUUCCAACAGAGUGGAGAUUGGAAAUAGCCUGCACUAUUUCCCCUCCUGCUCUGUGUCAUUAAUAAGAGGUAGGAAGGCUGAGCUUAACAGCCAAAGUGGUGGCCGAAACUCCCAAGUCGCCCUCCUGGGGCCUUUUUGUUACAUGUAAUGUUAUCUUUAUGUGUUUGUUUUGUUAAACUAUGUUGUUUUUUAUGUUGUUUAGCCCUCUCAUGAGAUGGAAAAGGCUUCAGUGAAAAGGGGGGAGUAAACUUAAAAAUAUGAAUGUAAUUUUAGUCAUGAGGUUAAUGAAGUACAGCUGCAUUAAUGAUAGAGUUGGUUUCAGUUCCUUUUUUUUCUGUUUUGACACAAAUAACCUGUUAAAGAACCGUAUAACGUCUGGUAUGCAUAUAUACAGUAGUCCUAGGAACAUGUCAGUAAACUUGGGUUCUGUAUCCACAAAGCAUGAGCAACACUUGCUUCCUAACCGUUUAUAUCCUCAGCAAAUCUGGCAUUGUGCGCACAGCCUUUGUUUCCUUCUGAAUCUUCAUGCCUCUUCAUCUUCCAUAUCUCUGUUUUAGUGUUUUUUAUUUUAACUCAUUAAAGGCCACAAGUUGGUUUAAUUUCUCAAAACUAGCUGCCACAUUUAUGCCUCACAGUCACUAUCAAGGACCUUUUUUUAGUCUCCCUCUUCCUUUACUUGCACACUGCACCUCCUCUGAAUGAAGUACAUAUGUUUCAGUGUGUGUGCGUGUGUCUGUGUGUGUGUGUGCGUGAUGGUACAGGGUCGCCUUUUGGUUCAGGCAGGAGUGUCAAGAACACAGCGUGACCAACUGUAGGGGCACAGAAGCAUCCCCUUGGGGUGUGGUUACAAGCCUUUUGCGCACAGGCGUACAUGUUUCUGUGUACGAGCGAGAGUGACUGUGUGAAUAAGAAAACCAAAAUACUGUAAAUCUGCCUGAGCAGCAUAUCCCUUGGCAGUAUAUGGGCCACCUGUUAUUUUUGUUCUUUGACAGUUUUCUGUGGGUUAGUUUCAAUGUAAAAAAGCCUUGCCGUCUCCAAUACGAUAUCUCAAGCCAUUCCUGUAGAUGGACAUGUUUAUGUUUAUGGACCAUUUCUUAUGCCAUAGUUUGCCAUCACUGUAAUCACACAGACCAAAAGCAUGCAAAUCGACGUAUUGUAGUGACUGGACUGGAAUCUGGUGGUAAUAUACAACUAUUUACUGUAUGUUUUAGUUUAAAUGAAUGUGCCUCUGCUUUGAUAUUUAAAUAAUUAUCUAUAGUAAGAUGUGGAUCUGCCAGAUUUCAGCUGUUGAGGUGCCUUGUUAUGGCAUAAGAAAUUUGAAAAGGGAUUAAGAUUUUCUUGAGAAAAGACGGUUUAAUUUGGAGAUAGAUUUCAUGGCUUUAUUUGCUAUGAAGCUGUUCAUAGAUGUAGGGGUGUGGCUAAACUGUUUUGGUAUCGUGUAAAUGUCUAGGAUAAUACUGUGCCAUAUAGAGCCCACAAAAUAUGUUAAUGUUAUUUUUAAAAGAUGUUUUAAUGUUGCCUGAUGACUUUGUCUUUAGAUUUGAUACAAAGGCUUGUAGCCACAGCUCUCCCAAAGUCUGUAGUCUCCUUUUCUUCUUGUUAUCUCUCCCCUUGUUUCCGUCUCCCUUUCUUUCUCUUUGCUGCAAUCAAACAAAAUAAAGUAUUAACCUGAUGACCCAAUGAAA